AUGGAAUGCCUUAUUUGUAAUCCAAGCAGAAAGGUAUUGUAUGGGAAAAAUCAAGAUAAGUAUAGAAUGAAAGUCUCUCUAUCAUAAAGGAUCACUUCCUCCCUUUAUAAUAAAUACGCUGAAUCUCAAAACUAUUAUUACACUAAAGUAGUUAAUGAUUUGAUAAUCAACUAACCAACCAAGGCCACAAUUUGGUUUAAAGAUUUGUAAUAAUAUGAUGAAGAAGCCGAACACUGUAAGAAACUAUACACGGUAUCAUCAUAUCCAAAGAAGAUUAAGAUUUUAGUUGAAUUCUAUAAGUUUCAUAAGGAUAUUCCAAGGUGGGCCGUUAAUGAAUAAAUUGUUAUCAUUUUAAAUGAAUUUUACAAUCAAAGGAGAAAAUUAGAGUACUAUAAAAUACAACAUAUCAUUGAAUAAGAAAACCAAUAAAAUCCAAACAGAACUCCAAAAGGCAUUGUAGGAGAAUAGCCUUAAGAAUCCUAAAGUUCUCCAAAAUCAUCCCAGGAAUCAGGAGUUGUUGUUGGUAAUGUUUUGGAUGAAUUGACUACCGAGUUAAAAUAAAGGACACAAACUUAACAAAGUGAUAUAAAUGCAAUUGUUUCAGUUUUAAAUGCUAAUUCAAUGAAAAAACAACCUAAUUUACAAUAAGUAUUCCAUAAUUAGCAAUGCAUUAUAAAGGAAGAAAGAUUGCAAUAAUUCAUAACACAUGAGAAACUUAAAAAUAUUAAUUCACUUAUAAAUUAAUAAAAAGCCACCAGUGAAACACCUAGACAAUAUAAAUUUUAGAAUUUAUUAUAGAAAAAGAGCGAUCUAAUAUAAAAUUUUUAAACCUCUGAUAAUACUGGUAAUUCACCCAAAACCCACCAUGCUCAGAUUUUAACCUUAUUACAAUAAAGAGUUAAAGUAAAACUAGAAUUAAGAAAUUAAAUGAAUACAAAACCAAUCACUGGUAAUACUUCUUUAAGGAGUCUCUAAAAACAUAUUGAAUCACCAAAAACAACUAGAAAUAUCUAAUACUAAAAAUAACGAUUCAAUUAAAAGAGGGAAUUCAAAGCAAAUACUUUUCAUGUAAAUCAAUAAAACAAAAAUUUGAUUGUGAGCUUAUUGGCAAAUAAAAAUACAACUGUGCAUGUUGAUGCCAAUUAAAAAAAUCUCCUUUUGGCUAAAUUGAAUACCCUGAACACCCCUAGAUAAAUUUUAAAGUGA